AUGGCUACGGGAACUCCUGCGAUUUCGGAGUUGCACUUGCAACCAGGCGCGGACGAAGCGAUUCUAGCCAAGCUAGGAUACAAGCAGGAGUUUCUCAGGGAAUUUACUCCGCUAGAGGUGGCUGGACUUGCAUUCAGCUUUACAGGACUACUACCUGGUAUAGCAUCUGUGCUUUUUUACGCUAUGCCAAAUGGAGGGCCUGUCGCUAUGGUUUGGGGGUGGGUAAUUGCCACCCCCUUGAUAUUGUGCAUCGGGUUGGCGAUGGGAGAGCUCGCAUCAGCAGCACCUACUUCUGGUGGCUUAUACUAUUGGACUUACUCGCUUGCUUCUCCGCAGUGCCGAAAUUUUCUGUCGUGGAUAGUUGGGUAUUCGAAUACCAUAGAGAAUAUCGCGGGAGUCGCUUCCGCAAACUGGGCUUGUGCGGUUCAAAUCACAGCAGCGGUCAGUAUCGCCUCUGACCAGGCAUAUUCGACUACCGACGAGCAGCUCUACGGCGUAUAUGCGGCUUUGGUGUUGUCGCAUGCUAUUAUUGUGAGCUUCGGUACCAAAGUCUUGGCGAGACUGCAGAGACUAUACGGGGUGGUGAAUGUGUGCCUGUGCUUCAUAGUCAUUAUCGCGCUUCCGAUCGCAACGCCGCACGAAUAUCGAAACACUGCAAGUUUUGCGCUAGGGGAUUUCACAAACUUGGACGGCUGGCCAUCUGGAUUCGCGUUUAUCACGAGCUUACUGGCUCCUCUCAGUGCAAUAGGGGGUUAUGAUGCUAGCGUCCACAUGAGCGAGGAGGCCUCGAAUGCCGCCACUGCGAUACCAUGGGCGAUCACUAGUUCCAUUGCCGUGUCAGCUGUCCUUGGUUGGGGAAUCAACGUUACCCUUGCCUUUUGCAUGGGAACUGAUCUCAGUGGCAUCUUAAGCAGCCCUAUAGGUCAGCCAAUGGCGCAGAUCUUAUACAAUUCGCUCGGGCAAAGAAUGGCCUUGGCUCUUUGGUGUCUCAUCAUCUCAGCCCAGUACAUGGUGUCAUCGACCGCCCUCCUAGUUGGCUCUCGCCAGACGUUUGCAUUUGCUCGUGAUGGAGCCCUCCCAUUUUCACGAUAUUUGUACCGGAUCAAUGGCUACACAAAAACACCAGUAAAUACAGUCUGGUUCGACGCCGCCUGUAUUCUGGUACUUGGACUUCUGGCGUUCGUGAGCACCCAGGUAAUCGAUGCGUUGUUCACAAUUGCUGUCACGGCAUCGUAUGUCUCUUUCAUAACGCCAAUCGCAACCCGCUUCGCGUUUAAGAACAAUUUUAAACCCGGCCCAUUUCAUCUUGGGAAACUGAGCUUUCCAAUCGCCGUGAUCGCCGUGUUGGGGAUGGUCUUCAUGAUCAUCGUUUUGUUCUUUCCCGCCACACCACAAACAACUGCACAAGAGAUGAACUACACAGCGGUGGUCCUGGGAGGGUACAUGUUCCUUGCAGUGUUCUGGUAUUAUUGCCCGGUGUAUGGAGGUGUUCAUUGGUUCAAGGGGCCGAUAUCCAAUCUUUCACCCGCUAUCGAAGGCGAACACAAAGACGAGAAUUCCAUGUCAGAGAAGAAGGAACAGAGUGAUGCAACAUUCUCUGUUUCAGUGGUGGAUGUUUAA